UUGGCUCGUGACGGUGACAGCGCCAUGCUGGCGUCAGCCAUCAGUCGGCUGGGGGAGCACAGGCGCGGGCGCAUCGAUCAGCUGGACAGCAAUCACCUGGCGCCGCUGCAUUACGCUGCGCGCUACGCUCACCCUGACGUUAUCAAGACGCUGCUGCAGGCCGGCGCUCUGGUCAACAUCAGGGGCCAGGACGAGCUUACGCCGCUGCACUGCGCCGCCAGGUAUCGGAAAUCCAUCAAAUCGAUUCGUAGUCGCAGAGCAAGUCGGCAAGUCAAUCCUAUCACUUCUGACGAUACAAUCGAGGAGGAGAAAACGGAGCAGGACAAUCCGAGCAUCUCCAAUGAAAAGGAGCUGCUCUUAGCCAAUAACCCGUCUGUCGUGGGUGACGUCUCGCGUUUCGGCAAGCCGUCCAACGACUCGGUGGUACGUCUGUUAGUGGAGAACGGCGCUGACGUUAAUGCUGUUGACGUGUACGAUCUCACGCCCCUGCACUACGCCUGCAUGAGGGGCAAUGAUGUGGCCAUACGCGACCUGCUCUCGUACCCGCAGGUUCUCAUUGAGGAGACCGACAAGCAGAACAUGACGCCCCUGUUCCUCGCAGCGACUUUUGGUUACGCUGACGCAGUAACGCAACUGCUUAUCUCCGGCGCCAACAUCUUCGUCAGAGAUGAGGAAUACCAGACGCCGUUACAUAGGGCGGCUGCUGAGGGCCACAAGACGCCGUUACAUAGGGCGGCUGCUGAGGGCCACAAGGAGAUCGUCCACCUCCUGCUGAGCGUGUGCAAGAAGCGCGGCGACGGCGACCUUCUACACAACCUCAUCCUGGCACGCAACAGCGAACGCAUGACUGCGCUCUACCAGGCCGUCGCUAAUGGCCAUUACCAGACGAGCAGACUGCUGCUGGAGGAGGGCGCUGAUCCCAACGUCACGCGUGACACGCUCGCCACGCCCCUGCACGCUGCCGCCACUGCUGGCUCUGAGGAACUCAUAGAGCUUCUCGUCAGGUACGAUGCUCGGAUAGACAGCGUGGACUGCAACCAACAAACUCCGCUCCACAAGGCGGCGGCUAACAACAGGCCUAAAUCAAUGAGGGCGCUCAUCAAACAUGGCGCCAAUAUUGAACGCAGGGACAGGAACUCGUUCACGCCGCUGCUGCUGGCGGUGAAGGAAGGGCAGCUGGAUGCGACGUUGGCUCUGCUGGAGGCCAACGCCGACGUCCAAGUUGUUGAUAAAGACGAAAAAUCCGUCGUUUUCUGGGGCGCCGCUGAGGGCGAAAUACGGAUCCUUGAGGAGCUCCUGAAGAACCCGCUGUGCGUGGAGCUCAUCGACACGUCAGACCGGUACGGCAACUCGCCCCUGCACGAGGCGGCGCGCCGAGGGUUCCGGCAGACGGUGGCCGCCCUCCUCGACGCAGGCUCCCAAAUUGACAACAAGAACGAGGACGAAGAGACGGCGCUGCACGUCGCCGCUGAGGAGGGCAAGAACAGGGUCGUGAUGGAGUUGAUUGGCCGGUAUCGCUACCUCAUAAACGAUCAGAACGAAGACUCGGAUACACCACUGCAUUUAGCCAGUCUCAAGGGCCACCAGGCUGUGGUCAAGACGCUGCUGGACGCGGGUGCUGAUGUUGAGGCGCGCAACACGUCCUUGUGGACGCCCCUGGACUGUGCCUCAUUUGAGGGACACACAGACUGCUGCCUUCUGCUCCUCGAGUACGGCUCGCCCCUCGACCCGCUCGACAAGCGUCGGACGACACCGCUGCAGCUGGCGGCGCGGGGCGGGCACGUGGAGGCCGUGCAGACGUUGCUGGCGAAGGGCGCGUCACUCGCGGCGUGCGACGCGACGGGCCGCAACGCCCUCGAGCUCGCCAUCGCUGCCGGCAAGAAAGACGUGGUGAUGGCGAUGGUGAAGAGCAGCCAAUGGCUUGACGCCCUGCGGCACUGCAGGAUCUCCAGCAGGGGGCGCCGCGUCACCCCCUUCAGGAUGCUCGUCAGGCGCUUCCCUGAGGCGGCCGAGUUCGUCCUGGACAGGUGCACUACAGCUAACGGCGUAGACUCUGACAACAUCAACUUCGGCAUCAAGUUCAACUUUGAGUUCCUGGACGAUUCCUUCCAGUUGGUGUCGGGCAACGACUGCUCUCUCAACGGCGGCGCUUCCUUCGUGCCUCCUACAGCCUUCAACGACGACGGCCAGCUGCUUCCAGAGGCGCGUCUCUUCACCGACGACGCACGUGAGAUGAAGCGCAAUCAUCCGCUCACGCUGAUGGUCAAACACCGACGUUCCAACUUGCUUGGUCAUCCAGUCACCGUGGCCAUGGUCAAACAUAAGUGGAUGACAUCAGGCAGAUACUUGUACUACUUCAACCUCUUCUUCUACCUGGUGUUCCUCACAUUCCUUACGGGCUACGUCCUCGAAGCGCGCGACUGGGAUGGAGCGAUGGUAGAUGUACGUGAGAAGAAUAAUUGUUCUAACGCCUCGUAUUACUCUUGCGCGGCUGCGCAAGAGUGUCUCGGACUGAAUACAAACAUAUUCCUAACGUCGGGCAAGUGGGUCAUCAUCGUCAUGGCAGGGCUCAACAUCGUCAGGGAAAUAUUCCAGAUUUACCAGAGACGUCUUAAUUACAUCGGCGUGGAGAAUUUCUUAGAAUGGGUUUGCUACGUGUGCGCCGUGGUGCUGGUCUACGACACGACUGACGACUGUGUCAUCAGAACGGAAUGGCAGUGGCAAGUAGGAACCGUUGCCAUCUUCUUGGCUUGGAUGAACCUUUUACUCUUCAUUCGCAAAUUUCCUUUCUUCGGCAUCUACGUCGUGAUGUUCACGGAUGUUUUCGCCACAUUCAGCAAAUUCUCCAUCGUAUUUUUCCUCUUUGUCGUGGCCUUCGCUCUCAGUUUCUACACUGUCCUCAAAAGUCAGAAGGCGUUCAGGACGCCGGGCUCGUCUCUGGUUAAGACGACCGUCAUGAUGAUCGGGGAGUUCGAGUACGGCGACAUCUUCUACGGCCCCGAGGGCACUACGCCGUACAAUGAUAUGACGACGCUGCUGUUCGUGGUGUUCCUGAUCCUGAUGAGCAUCAUCACCAUGAACCUACUCGUGGGUCUCGCUGUGGACGACAUAAAGGCUGUGCAGGAGCAGGCUGUCCUCAAGAGGCUCGGCAUGCAGGCUCAGCUCGUGAUAGACGUGGAGAUGAUCAUGCCGUCAUUCGUGCGUCGCUGGAGCACGUGUCCCUACAAGAUCGUGCAUCCUAACGCACGACACUCGCCUUUCUCGCGCCUCUUCGGUGACUUCAAGAUCCUUCAGUCCUUCCAGUUCCUGUCGCCGACUGAUGAGGGCUACAGAGUGGACCCUCGCAUCACGGAAAAGCUUCUGGUCCAUGAGAUGGGCGAAGUGGAACGUUUGAACCAGAGCGUUGCAGAGUUGAGCGCUCAGGUCGAGGAGCUUCGGUCGCAGAGUAGCAAAACACACGCUCUGCUCGCCACUCUGGUCGCGGUGAUUAAGCAGGACAAAGAUGAGCAGGAAGAAGAGCCAGCACGAACUGUCAAGCAGUGAAGGGGAUCAAGCAGGACAGAGAUGAGCAGGAAGAAGAGCCCGCACGAACUGCCAAGCAGUGAAGGGGAUCAAGCAGGACAGAGAUGAGCAGUGAUAAGAGCCUUCUCACUCGCUUUCCAUGGCGUUACUUUAAAAAGUUGUUCGCUCUCUUUUAGUUUAUUUUUUCACUGAGCUUCAGUUUUAUCCGUCCGUUGCAGUAUUAAAUGACAAGGUCAUUACAAAUGAGCUGGAACCCACAGGCUAGAGCCGUUUUCAACGUAAGUAGGAAAUUCUUUGCCGAAAUUUAUAUCAUACCAGUAUAUAAAUGAAAGGGUUAACUAAAAGUUAAUUCUGUUAUUUGUUUUUAAGAAAAAGUUUAUAAGUUUGUUCUGUCGUAUGCAUUCUAAAGAAAUCAUCCAUUGUUCUUGGGAUUAAUUGAGAAGAUAUUCUCUGCUAUGAAUCUGUUAAAGCUUUAAAGAACUUAAUAAAAACAUGAUAGUCUGUUGUUAUCUGAAUACGUAUGGUUUAAUUUGUUACAGGCAUGAAGGUCGCUUACUACCUGUAGCUGACGAUUCUUUUAUUAUUGUCGUACUUAUAUUUUAAGGCUCAUGUUAGACUUAUUAUUAGAGUCUCAAAUAAUUUUAUGUAAUUCCGUAGUCUGUAAUAAUUUAAUGCCAUUAUUAUAUAGUCUGUAAUAUUUCAAGAAAAGGCUCAUGAUGAUCUACAAGGUGUGCUUAUAAAAAGUGGGUCGAAAGCACGCAUUUAAUUACGAAUUGAAAUUGCUGAGAAGACAUGGUGGCUAUUAAGAAAUACUUGCUGACAGGUGACUAAACUAAACGCAAAGUUUUAUAGAAGGACAUCAUAUGAUAGGUAACUUGAUACGGAAAUUGCUCAUUGUCAUUUUGAAGGAACAUUCAUGUACGAUAUUGCUCAAGUGCAACCAAUAACAUCUGAAAACUAAAUGUUAUAUCCCGAUAUGGUCUAAUCAUUGUGACAGGUAUACCUACAUGUUACUUAUUUUGAACAUAAUUACAUUAUAACGAUUCUCAAAGUAAAAGAAGGGUACUACUUUUAUACAUUUUUAAAGUAAUAAGUGAAUAUGUAUAAUUUCUUUGUAUAGCUCGCAAAUUAGCUAAGCAUUUAAAAGCCAAGAGAACGCCAAGCAACAACACAAUUAUCAUUGAAAAUGUUAUGGAGACGCGCUCCAUCAUAAAUUCAUAACUUUAGGAAUACGAGUACACUCAAGAGAACACCCCAAUUUUAACGGAAGAGAUUAGAUGUAAAUAACCAGUUAAACGAACGAAGUAACUAAAAACCUAUCGAGUAACAAUUUCAAGUAUGUAAGUACAACAGGAUUUGUUAGAACCGAGGAUUUCGUUUAAAAAAUGCAACGCUUAUGAGAUCCUUGAAAUUGAAACGACAUAAGUGGAGCCAUCAGCAUGCUUGUAAACUUUUACCACUGAGAAGUAUUUUUCAAAGUUUUUAAUGAAAUUUAAUAUAUGUGAAAUUUAAUAUUUUCAAUUUCACAUAAAUAAAAUAUAUAUGCAACAUAUAUACUGAAUAAAUGUUGCUGCCGUACAAAUGUAUGGUGAUUUUAAUAUUAGAGUUUGAAACUUCAAUAAGAUAUUAAAUGCGAAUUUAACAAUUUUAUUAUAUUUUAUACUAUGAUAUUUUGUAGCUGUAUUGUAAAUAGAUGUCACUUAAAUUUAAGAAAUCUUGAUGGCUACUAGACGUGAAUUUUUGGUGUCGAUAGAAUAAGGUUUUGCUGGUAUUUUUACAGCGUAUUUUAAAUUCAACAUAAUUCUAAAACAAGACGUUCGAUCUCAUUGUAAUAUUGUUUAAUUCAAAAAUUAAAAUUAUAUCAAUUUGUUACUUGU